CAGAGAAGAAGUGGAGGACCACAAAGUAAAAUGGGGAGCUAAAUUUGAAUUUGUUUGCAAGAUGAGUGCCAAUGCUUCCACAGGAGUGCUUGACCCAUGUAUGCUGAGGGUAUCUGUCAGAAAGGAACUGAAAGGUGGCAGAUCAUUUCAAAAGCUAGGCUUCACAGACCUGAACUUGGCAGAGUUUGCAGGUUCAGGCCAGACCCAGCGGAAGUGCUUGCUAGAAGGAUAUGAUACCAGAAGAAGGCAGGACAAUUCAAUGCUUUCAGUUACUAUUAGAAUGAAUAUGUUGUCCGGAGAUGUACUAUUUAAAGUCCCUUCACCAACAGCGAAACAUAAGCUGAUAAGUGGGGAGCCUACCGCAAAUGAAGAGACUGUAGAGAGAAGAGAAGACUUUUCUGGGGGUUCGAUUGCCAGUGCAAGUUCUGGUUUUAGCAGCCUCACAAAAAAGAGGCCACCUUUAUUCACAUCAGAGCUGGUAAGCGGAGAAAAUGAAGAACCUGCUGCUGAGUCCUGUAGUGGUCCUCACGACGAAGGUCUUGAGCUUGGACAUUCCCGUAAUUCUUCCAACACAAGUCAACUAAGUAAAGGAUCGGGUUAUGGUUCAUUGAACUCCCAGCAUUCCCGGCAGAGUAGUAGUGGAGAUUCUGGGCAUAUAAGGUUAACCGCUUUAAGUUCUACACUCGAAUCGAAAUGGAUUUUUAUGUGGUUACCAACUGUAAAUUUUGAAUGCCACAAACACUUGAAAAUCAGUAAAAUGCUGCAUUUAAGGGGGCUGAGGAAGGUAUCCGAAAGCUGCAAACUGUCUCUAGUCACAGGAGAUGAAACUUGCGAAGGGAUCGAUGAAGUUUCAUCCUCCACUGUUGCGAGGGUUGUUCAUGUAAAUAAUGGUGUACCUGUAGAAACAGGUUCAUUAGAUCGAGGCAAAGCUGCUCUGGAAAGGAGAAAGAAAGCUGCUGAAGAAGGCCCAGUCGUCGGUCGUGUCGAAAUCACGCGAGUCAAUCCUAAUUCUCUUAUCGAUCAGAUCAUCAAAGCAACUAACCUCGGUCCAGCAGAUGAUACUACUCAAAGUUCUGGGUUGCAGCUGUUCAUUGCUAAAGAUGGGACUACUGCCCUUGGGACUCAAGAAGUUAAGAGCCAUAUGCCUACAGGAGUAUUCAAACAAGUAGUUAUAGAGGAAAAUAGGUAACAAAAGCUACUUGGAAACAAGUGUGCCAAACCAACUUUAUACUUUCCCGCUAUCAUGUUUUAUUUCCUUUACAAGUUCGGAAAGCCAAUCCAUUUAUUCAAUACACGACUGACAACCAAUUAUAAGUGUAACUUUCUUUAUUAUUAUUAUUUUUUUUAAUAUGUAGUUCUCUUUUUAUGAAAAGUGAGGUUGUAAUUGUAAAAUAUUUGAGUAUGGCUUCUUCCUUUUAGAAUAAAUGGAACUUUUAAUUAUUUCAUGACCAAGAAAAGAAUUCUUUAAGUUUU